UUCCCUGCACGGGAAUCAACGCUAUGUAAACCUGCCCGGCAAUGGGACGCCGAUCACGCCGGGCACCGAGCUGCAUGCCGGUUACAUCCCCAACAUGCUGCGGGUGGAUGAGGAGGCGGUCAACCUCGAUGGGGACCAGAAACGAUGUCGCAUGAGUCAUGAAGCUUUGGAGUACUUUCCCGUAUAUCACAAACAACAUUGCCUCAUGGAAAUCGAGAUGAAGAAAACGAUGGAGCUCUGCGGGUGCUUGAAGCUGGGACAUCUGCGCGUGCCCGGGGUGCCGGUGUGUCGCGCGCGCAGUCUGCAGUGCGCCAAGCUUGCUUCUGUUUCCUUCGGUAAAUUCCACUCAAAUUGUCCCGUAACAUGUGAUGCAGAUGCUAUGGACUAUUUCACGAUCUCCUCAUACGACUUGAAUUCAAACAUCUCUCCUUAUGAUGAUUUUUACGAUGACUUGGAUUUCAACAAAGUAAGCAUAAUCAGAGUGUUUGUAAAACACGCCAACAAGGUGUUGCUAAGAAAACCUUACUUCGCAAAAUUCGAACUAUUUGCGCAACUCGGAGGACUUUUUAGUGUAUUUUUCGGCUGCAGUGUGCUGUCUAUAUGCGAGCUAGCUAUGCUGGCAUGGCGCGCUGCAACAAGGAAUGCAAUCCAACGUUCAAUAUAAUAGUCAUAUUAGUAACAACGCAAAUUAAAUAAUUGCUUCUUUGGAAAUAAAGUUUGUUGCACUAGAAAUAUCACUUCCGUCUUCCUCUAAAGAAACCUAAUAAUUAAUUUAUAGUUAUACUUCAAAAAGCAAAUGCCUCGUCAAUCGGCUGUCAUCGUGUCUGCAGUGUGGAGCAAGUUCGACGUGUAGUCAUUUAUUACCUGAGACUUAAGUAAUAGCUGCGCUGACUACCUCACCAUUAAUCCAUUGUCUAUUUUUGAAGCAGAUUUUUUUUCAAAUAAACGGUUCUUUAAAAACGGCUAUUUGUCGCAGCAAAUUUGUUAAUAGAUUACGUAAUAAUAUAGAAAUGUAAUAAUGAUUAAUAGCUAUUGUCCUUGUUUAGCUACAAUAAGUGUAACAGCCGAUAAAAACAAAAGAAAUUCUAUGAAAAAUGAAACAAUAUAUCGGAGGCAGUGAAGUAGGUUGCAAGACAAUGCCAACGUAGCUGUUUCAGUGGACAACAAAACUGCAUGGAGCAGAGAGCGGACAAUGGACGGCAGAGGUAAUGGAAAUGUCCAUCGAACAGCCUUGCCUCACAGACAAGGCGUCACAGCUUUUUCCUUUGCACUUUCGAAAAUGUUUGUUAAAUAUUUUCGAAAGUGAAAUUUAUUUAUGAGUGAAAAGUGACAAACGUCACUAAAUAAUAUCGGUAUACUGUGAGCAGAAAUGUAAAGAACUAACUUCUCGUACUUACAAAAUGUGAUGUCAUCAAGGAAGCCAUUGAGGCACCCUGUUGGGCGAUCGCUCAUGGCACUAGACAAAAAAGGGGC